AAAGAGUGAAGCUAUUGCUAGUUAGAGAAGUAAAUGCUUUUCUCUCUUUUUCCUCUUUGAAAAAUAGAGAGAGAAAACAGAGUAAAAUAUAUAGAAGGAAAAAAAAAAACAGAGCAACGAUGAAAAUGAUUUCAGGUUUGGGUUUGGGUUCGGGUUCGGGUCCGAUAUUUGGUAUGUUGAUGGUGCAAUUGGUAUCAACCGGGUUGCAAAUUCUUUCAAAAAUGAUAUUAACGCAAGGAAUUUUCAUUUUUGCUCUUAUUGCGUAUCGCCAUCUUCUUGCUGCCAUUUGCAUUUUCCCUUUUGCAUACUAUCUUGAAAGGGGAAGUAACAUAAAGUUAACCUUGAUGGCGGGAGUUUGGGUCUUUUUGAGUUCUUUAUCCGGGAUAACUUUGGGGAUGGGAUUGUUCUAUUAUGGACUUCGGGACACCACAGCUACAUAUGCCACCAAUUUCCUCAACUUAAUCCCUGUAGUUACUUUUAUCUUCUCCCUCAUUACAAGAUUGGAGAAACUUAAUUUGAAGACCAUCAGAGGAAAUGUUAGGGUUAUUGGAACAAUCUUCUGUUUAUCAGGAGCCAUUAUCAUUAGUCUAUACAGAGGAAGCUUACUUGUUGCCGGUCAUGAAUCAACUAAGGAUGCCAAAAUAAUCAAGCCAGAUUUCAAAAUUGGCACUAUCAAACUUUGUGCAAGUAUUUUAUCCUACGCUCUCUGGUUCAUUGUGCAGGUAAAGUUGCUAAGGGAGUUUCCACUAAAGUAUUGGGCAACAAUGUUAACAUGUUUAUCAGCAUCAAUUCAAGGAGCAAUUGUUGGCGUUAUCUUAGACAGAAGUUCAAGUGCAUGGAAGCUAGGGUGGAACCUUCAACUAGUUACAAUUGUUUACUCGGGAGUAUUGGCAUCAGCAGCAUCAUUUUGCAUAAUCUCAUGGGCAGUUGAAAGCAAGGGUGCCACUUUUCCAGCCAUGUUUAAUCCAUUAACUUUGAUAUUUGUAGCCAUCAUAGAAGUCUCAGCUCUUGGUCAAGAACUUAGAAGUGGAAGUUUGAUAGGUAUGUUGGUGAUAAUAGUGGGCUUGUAUGCCUUCCUAUGGGGUAGUGGUACAGGUAAAAAGACAGAAUUAACCCUGCCAAAAUCAAGCAACAAUGAAGGAGAAGCAGCCAAAAGCAAUGAGCUAGCAAGAUCACAAAUGUCAGCAACUGUUGUUCCAACUGCAUCACCUAUUAGUCAUGUCUCUCAAAGUGAUCAUGAACAAUCUGUUUAACGAGCCUAGUUUUAUUAUUAGGACAUCCUCUUGUAGUAUGCUAGCUAGAUGCAAGGAAACUUUAGAAUUAAUUUACAAUAGGGUAAUUGAGGAAGUUGAGUUAAUGCACUAAAAUAAUUGUUUGUCUAGGGUUUGAACCUUCAAUUAUGUAUCCAUUCUUCUAAUUAAGGGCUAUAUAUAUAAGUAUAUAUCAUUGGCACAUUAGCCAUACCUUAGCUUCUUGAUCAGACAACAAGUGAUCAAGUGUGGGGCCUCUUUGUUAUAAAAUGGGCUACCGUCUUAUAUUAACCUUUCAGUAAAUCAAAUGUAAGUCGUCUAAAACUCAAUCUAAUAUAUAUAUUAUGAAUAUCAUUAAUCCAUGCAAAACAAAGUAUGAUUUCUUAUACAAUCCAUUGAUAUCGUCCCACAUAAUUAAGUCAUAUGGGAUUCUUUUUUUAAGAAAUUGCCUGGGCAACAAUCUUAUUCUUUUAGUAAAUCGAAUAUAUUUCGUGUAAAAAUCUAAUCCUAAUUACUCUGUAGUCCACGUGAAACAAACUAA